AGUAGCAUGCGAUCGGUUCUGGGAGCUUUGCUAUUCCCAACGUGCUGAGUGAGAGACUGACGGGAGAGAAAAUAGGCGAGAGCAAGUGGUUGAGGAAAACUUAAUUUUCAUUCACUUUGGCAAAAUUGGAGAAUCGAUAUGUGUGUAACACUCGGUUGAUUAGGGUGUUCUACGUUGAGGAAUUUUUCGCUGCGUUGAAAUUAGGCACUGCGGGUGGAAAAAUGUGAAUUUUCAGCACCUUUUCGAAUUACGUUAAUGUAGGGUUGGAAAAUCUGUGUUGGAUUGUGGAACAAAUGUCGAUUCGCGUCGGAUAAAAGUGUGGAGCAGGUUGCAUUGAAAUCGGGUCGCGAGAAGGCAAGGAAAAUUUCAUCUAUUAUUGAUCUGGGUGAAAUUUGAAGCACGGGGUCCAAUCGAGCGCUUCCUGUGAGCGUGUAUCAAUCAGACAUUCGGAUUAAAUCUACCGAUAACAUCAUUUGUAAUCCGGAAAUUCAGGAAUAUCCGUCAGUCCAGAACUGGAAAAAUUGUACAACCUUAGAAGUUAGCUACGAAGUGGGUUCAAAAUGCAGCCCCCACCACGAAAAGGCAACUAUACAAAAUUUCUGAAGAAUCUUCAUUCGGAGCAGUUGGCAAAGCUUGCGUUGAAAAAUCAAAAUGAGUGCGAGCUACUCGAAGACAUUCGACAGUUCACGCUCAAACGUUCGGCGAUUGAAAAGUCAUACAGCGAGGCCCUGCUGAAAAUUUCGUCGGCGUAUCUCAACAAGAAGCAAGCUUGUAUACCGGAAAUUAAAAUGGACGGAGCUGAGGAGAAAUGGAACAUGUGGAGCGUAUGGCAAACAGUUUUGGAAGAGAACGAGAAGCUGGCACGUGCCCGUCUCGCAGCCGUCGAAGUAUUUCAGCAGCAGAUUGCCGACGAAGCUAAACUGUUACGAAACUCGAAGCUAAACACCAGCAAGAAAUCUGUCGAACAUCUCGGAGUAGUUCAGAAAGAACUUCAGCUCUCCGUGCAGGAUGUCGAUAAGACGAAAAAGUGUUACUUCGACGAAGAGCACUGCGCUCACGAUGUCCGUGACAAGGCGAGGGAUAUUGAGGAAAAGUUGAAAAAGAAAAAAGGUUCAUUUUUCCAGUCGAUAACGUCACUGCAGAAGAACAGUGCUCGCGUGACCUCACGCAAGGAGCAGCUUGAGGAAAAAUCAACCGGAGCCAGGAACGACUACAUUCUCAGCCUGGCUUCGGCCAAUGCACAUCAAAAUCACUACUUCACUAUUGAUCUACAGACUACGAUGGCCACUAUGGAAAAUUACGUCUACGAACGGGUUGCUGACUAUUUGGCACUGAUUGGCCGUACCGAAUUGCUAACCUGUUCGGCUACGCAGAAUUCGUUUGGAAAGAUUCGAGAUCAGGCUCAACAAUUGACGCGUGAGUACAAUCUACAGUGUUGUUACCUGUACUAUCCGGUGCUGAAGCAACACAUUCAGUACGAGUUCGAAGCAUGCGAUAAUGAUCCGGUUAGAAAGAUUACUGCGGAUCAUGAAUCCGCCACAGAAACUUUAAAUAAGGAAGGCAAACGUUGGGCUGGACGUGUGGCCCGCGAAAACAACGUUAUUAGGGAAAAUGCUCGUAAACUAGCCAUAUGUACGGCUCUGCGUGAAGCCGGUCAUCGCACGGAUCCUAACGAUCAGAAUGGGCCAGAUCUGGAAACGAAGAUCGAUGAGUUUCGCGAAAACAUUCGUAAAGCCGAAACCGCCAAGUGCAAGGCUGAGUCUCGGCUGGAGUGCCUAAGAAUUGGCGGAAUCAAUGUGGACGAAUGGCUACAGGAGGCAGAAACUCUCAGCGUACAAGAGAUGCCACGCUCGGCAAGUUCAUUGUCCAUGCGCACUGAUGCCUCAGGACAAGGGGAAAAUCCAAGCUCUGAUUCCUUCUACGAUAGUGAUAACGCUGAACAAGAUCAACCAAUGUCAGAAUCUUCACCGGCUCCCAAGCAGCCAGAACCACUAGCCGAAGAAUUUGCUCCAGACAGCGAUGAAGAUGAAGACUUCGAAGUUGAACAAGAACGCCAGAAGAUCGAACAGAUUUCUCAUGAAUGGGACGAUCCAAUUCAUACAGAUUGGGGAGGUGAGGAAGCUGCCACGGCUGAAGACAGCCUUCCUCCGCAACAGCCCACAGCACAGACCUUCAAAUGCACCGCACUAUACUCAUAUACUGCACAAAAUCCAGAUGAGCUGACCAUAGUCGAGAGUGAACAGUUGGAAGUGGUUGGAGAAGGCGAUGGUGACGGUUGGCUUCGGGCUCGGAAUUAUCGUGGCGAGGAAGGCUUCGUGCCGCAUAACUAUUUGGAUGUGGAGAGAGACACACCGGUGGACACCCACACUACAGCUCAGCUGUCGACGCAAAUCUCAUUCUCUUCCGUCGAUUACACGGUAGACAACGAAGAUCAGGACCAGAUGCAGGAUUCUGGGCAGUCACCAGAUCAAAUUUCUGUUAUCUCAGCACCGAGAAAGGUUCAUCAAAUGUACUGCAUUGCAUUGUACGACUAUGAUGCUACAGCAGAAGACGAGCUCACCUUCGAAGAAGGACAGAUAAUCAAAUUAAUCACCAAGAGCCCCCAUGGAGUGGACGAUGGAUGGUGGGAAGGCGAUCUGAAUGGUAAAAUUGGAAACUUCCCGUCGCUAGUGGUGGAGGAAUGCGACGAAAAUGGUGAACCGUUGACCGAACCGGAAGAUGAAUCUCCCCCGCCAUCUGCGCCUCCUUCUAUUGCAGCACCUGCGCCACCGCCCAUGGUUCUUCAGGAGGCUACCCCUCCGGAGGGUCAGAGUCCAACUUUUGACAGCCGAAGCUCCGAGCCGGUGGUCGAUCGGUUUGAAUUUGAGCUCAACAAUGAUCAACACGACAAAUAUGGAUCCCAGUUCUCGGCACCUCCACCGUCGCAGCCACCUCCAGUAGUAAUAUGUGAGGAACCUGAGGCCGAGGAGGAAGAAUCUCGCAAAGAAACAGAGACGGCGGUUCCAGCUACUGCUAGCAGCAAUUCAAACGAGCUGAAUUUUGCACACAUCAUCGUUACAGCAGCGACUCCGAUGCACGAGGAUGCGGACAAGCAGUUCUCUCCUCCACCAGAGGAGCAGAAUGAAGAGCAGGCCGAAGAUCAAGCGACAGAGAUAAUCGAAAAACAAGAGCAAGAAACUCAAGAGGUUAGUGCAAAGGAAAAAUCCAAGGUAGAAUCACCUCCCAAAGAGAUACCACAACCGAAACCACAGCCGAAGCCAGAGCAGAAGCAGCAGCAGCCAACAAAGCCACCAACUCCACCGAAGCCUGCUAAACCGCCAUCUCCACCAAAACCAGUAAAGCCUGCAUCCCCUCCAAAGGAACAGCACAAGGUGUCUUCUCCGCCAUCCCAAGAAUCAGCACUAGCAGAAGAUCCGUUGCCAGCACCGUUGGAAGAACCAGCGGCACCUUUUGAAUCCACCGCCUUCGAGGCCAACUUUGAAGCCAACUUUGCUGCCAACUUCGACGACGCUUUUGGAAACAAUCAAGUCGAAAUACCAAAACAGGUGGUCGGAGGAAGGGCCAGCAUACCGGAAGAGCUUGAACCGCACCAGUUGGCGCGCUUGCAAAACCUCAAGGAAUCCAACGCAUAAUGCUCAUUCCCGAAGGUAAACCGUACGGAUAGCACAAUGGGCAAAAUACAAAGAUCAACUAAGCCAAUAAUAUGAGGGAGAUUAUGAUUUAGUUUUAAAUAAUGCAUUAGCAUUAAUUUAUUGAUUCGCAAUAUUAGUGAACUGAUGUGAAAAGGCUACCUGAACCCGAGGUCGUGGACCUUUUCGAUUGUUCUAUAAUGGGCGAUCAUUGAAAUUUGUCGUGAGUCACAGCUUUUACCAUUUCAAGCGCACUACCCUUCUUAUAUGGAAAAAAAUACCGAACAUAGCUCAAUCAUUGAAUGAUUUUUCAUAGGGAUUAUUUUGCCUUCUCAUUGUAUAAGUCGUUUCAGAUGACUUCUAUACCACGUUGAAUAGGAAAAUUCCGCAUUUUGUAGAUGCAUGUUUUUAAAAUACAUCUCACUAUUUCCUAAAACUAACUCAGAAUAGGCCGUGAUGAUUUGGGUAAACAUUUGUAAUUCACUUGGCAAGGGGUCGGUCUAGAACGAUGUUAGGAUGUUAGUCUACGACGGCGUAGAGGCGAAGAACAAGCACACUUAUGAAUGGAGAUUCGACUGUAAUGAUGAUUUUUGUGAUAUUCGGCUAAGCAGUCUUUUUAAUUUAGAACAAACAGUUAAAUUUUGUCUAA